AUGGGCACAGGCAUUGUGGCUGUUUUGCUUCAUACGCUGUCAAAUCUCUAUCAAAGUUACCAUGACUUGCUGAGGACUCUCAGCAUCGUUUUCUUCGUCUUGAACGUUGUCAUCUUUUCAGUCAUAUUUGUCAUAUCGGUCUUACGGUACACCUUGUUUCCAGCAACAUGGACAUUGAUGUUACGGCACCCUGUGCAGUCGCUCUUCCUUGGUACCAUGCCCAUGGGCUUCGCCACCAUUGUUAACAUGUUUGUCGCAAUCUGCGUACCGGUGUGGGGUGGCUCAGCUCCAUAUGUGGCAUGGGGAAUGUGGUGGCUGGAUGUCGUCAUCAGCGUUGCUUGUUGUCUAUGGCUCCCAUUUCAGAUGAUGACACAACACAGGAACCAGCAUGAGAAAAUGACAGCAGCUUGGCUUCUGCCAAUUGUCGCGUGCAUAGUCGCAGCUGCAUCUGGUGGACUGGUGGCUUCCGUUCUGUCCGACGACAGCCACGCUCUCAUCACCAUAAUUACCAGUUAUGUGCUCUGGAGCAUGGGCCUCCCCCUUGCGCUGGUGAUUCUGACAAUUUACUUCCACCGACUCGCGAUUCACCACCUCCCACCGAAGGAAGUCAUCGUCAGUGUCUUCUUGCCUCUGGGACCCAUGGGACAGGGCGGUUACGCCGCAAUGCAACUUGGUAUUCAAGCAUCCAAAAUCUUUCCAAGAACGCAAACACUACACCCGAUGGCUGGUGAUAUUCUGUAUGUGCUCGGAUGGAUUACCGCGUUGGUCCUCUGGGGGUUUGGGCUCGUAUGGCUUUUCUUCGCCGUGGCAUCCACCAGUCGCAGCAAGUUUCCUUGCAAUCUUGGAUGGUGGGGCUUUACAUUCCCAAUUGGCGUAUUUACCAUGUCUACAAUCACCAUGGGACAGGAGAUGCCGUCGGCUUUCUUCAGAAUUUUUGGGACGGCACUUGCUGUGGGUGUCAUCCUGCUUUGGCUCUUGGUUUCGGCAAGUACGGUUAAGAAUGUGCUGUACGGCGAUAUAUUUGUGGCACCCUGCUUGAAGGAGAUGGAAAAAAGAGCUGCUACUGAAGCGGAGAUGAGGGCGUACAGGGAUGUUUGA